AUGAUCUUCAACACUCAAGUCGCAGUCGCUGCACUGCUUGCCUCCAGUUUCGCUGUUGCUCUCCCCUACGACACUUUUGUCCCCAGCAGCAGUUCCAAGGAAGUCAAGACCACUUCUUCUUCCGCCGGCUACGGAAACUUCCCUACUCCUUCCACCAGCAGCACCUGGGUCGACACCACUACCAAGAAGACACAGACUUCGGAGACCAAGAAGACUCAAUCGACUUCGUCCAAGUCUACUGAAUCGAAGACCACACCCACUACCAGCACCUGGAGCCAGUCUACUCAGAGCAGCAAGUCGACUGAAAGCAGCAAGACUACCCCAAUCACUACAUCCAAGUCUUCCAGCACCUGGUCCACUGAGAGCAGCAAGACUUCUCCAGUCACUACAUCCAAGUCUUCGCAGACCACCUGGAGCCAGACUACCGAGACCAGCAAGACUACUAGCAAGAGCAAGAGCUCGUCCAGCUCCAGCCAUUCCUCGAGCACUUCCCACAGCACCUCCAAGAGCUCCUCCAAGAGCAAGAGCUCUUCCACCAGCCAGAAGACCACCAGUGUCAGCACUUCCUGCAAGACCGAAUACACUACCGCAACCUCCACUGGCUAUUUGACCACAGUUACCUACUCGGCAACCACUAUCUACAUUCCUACUGUUUCCACUUCGUCCUACGUCUCCACCAGCGUUUACGUUUCUACUGGAUACACCACUAUCACCCAGCCCACCGUUGUCACCGAGACCAAGCCCGUCGUCACCGAAAAGACCACCUGGAGCACCUACUCGACCUGUCUCGUAACCUCUAAGCCAGUCACGGUCACCCAAACAGCCUACGAGACCAAGACCGAGACCAACGUAGUCACUGAGACCAAGCCCGUCGAACACACUGAAACCAAGACUGUUACUGAGGUCAAGACCAUCACCGUCAGCAAGCCCGAGGUCGAGAGCAAGACCAUCACAGUCACCAAGCCAUUCACCACCCAAUACACUUCCGGCAAGCAGGUCUGCACCACCGUCCCCGCUAUCCCCGUUUACGGUGGCGGCGGCUACGGUUGGUAA